AUUUGCCGAUGAAUUGUAGAAGAAAACAAGGAGGAAGAAAAGCACUCGAGAGAAUUAGCAAAUCACCUGUGUAUAGAAGGCGUUAACGGAAAUGACACAGAAAUAUUUACAAUGGAAGGGCCCAAAGCUGAAACGGUCAUAAAACUCAAAGAAAAGGGCAAUGCCUGUGUGCGAGAAGGAAAAUAUGAGGAGGCAAUUUUCCACUAUUCACAUGCCCUUAAGUUAGAUCCAAUGAAUUAUUCAAUUUACAGUAACCGAUCACUUGCUUUUCUGAGAAUGGAACAGCAUUAUUUUUCCAUGACAGAUGCAUUACAGACCAUAAAAAUUGCUCCAGAAUGGGCCAAGGGCUACUUUCGUAAAGGUGAGGUGGAAUUUGCAACAUUCCACUUUUCAGAUGCUCUUUCCUCAUAUGGAAAGGCACUAGCAAGGCAGCGAGAUGAUCCUAACAUUCGCCAUGCCCUUACUAAAACAACUCAAGGCUGGUUGAGGGAUCGUAGAGCUGAUGAGCAAAUCCCCUGGCUUGGAGCUGGAGUUGGUAUUAUAAUUGGGGUUGUCAUUGUCAUAUCUGACCAAACAAUUGCUCCUAAACCAACAUUAACACAUCCAAUUGUUAUGGCACUUUUGACCAUAUCUAUAGCACUUGUUGGUUUUGCCAUUGCCAAAGGUAUCAGGUACUAUAUCAAAUGUCAAAGAAAAUCCUUACUUGAGCCUCCCAUUGAUUUAUUACCAGAAGAGACUAAACCAGGGCAGGCUGAAGCUGAUGAAGAAGAAGGAGGUGGUGCACCAAAGGACAGAACACCACGAUAUACAAAGGCUCAAGCAAGGCAAAGAUUUAAAAAAGGUAAAAGUUAAACCAGAAAACCUCACUGAAGUUGUUACCUCUAUUCAAAGAAUUUGUAAAUGCCCUGGAUUUUAUUUUGUGUAAUAAAGCAGAGUGCUUAGCUGCAGCACCCAGUAUAAGUAGAAAAUGUGUGGCAGAACCUUGAAAGAACUCUACCAUUCUCUUAAAUGAAAACUUCAAAUUGCACCAUUCAUGUGUAGCAAUUAUGAGUAAAACAAGUUGAUUUCAGAUGGGUUUUGCUUUGCUGCACUGAUUUGUUUUACCCUCUUUAGAUUUUACAGAAUAUUAUUGUCUCCUCAAACUUCAUACCUCUUAACAUCUAUUUCCUUGAUAGGUAUAUUGGUGAUAGCUUUUAUUUUCAAGGUGUUGGAUAGCUCUACAUGUUCCAUGGCUGGCUAUAGUGACUUUGAAAAAACACAAUGUUUCAAUUACCUAAUCAAAUAGUUUUCUGGUGUUUGUGUACUUAGCGCCAAAUUUUUUCUGGUUUCUAAACUCUGUGGGGAUAGAAAAACUGACGCCUUACACAUAUGUGAUUUAGUAAGUGUGUGUUGUUAUUUUAAAUAACAUUAUUUUGAGGUUUAGAAAUAUACAUGAACGUUCAACUCUUGCACCAUGAAUGUUGCUACUGCUCACAAUGUAUUGAAAAAGGUGAAAAUAUCUGUGAUCGAAAGAAACUGCAUUAUUGUCUGCUACUGCAGUACUUGUGUAGCUGUGUAGUAGAAUUCAAAUCAUUUGUAGCACAUUUUGCUUUCCUCAUCAUCUCCUAAUUUUCUACUCCUUUUUUAAUACCUCCUUCCUAGUAGGUUUCUUUCAAAAUGUUAUAUUUGUUUGAAGGCCUAUCUUGGGCUAUUGAUAGAUCAUAAUUUGAUUAAUUAAUAGUUCAAAUGAAGCGUAACUUUUGUAGGUUUUGAAAGUUUAAGGGUACCAAUGAGGGUAUAUGAUGUAAUUUUAUGCAAUAAGUAAGCAAUAAUUUUGUUACAUGAUGUUCAUACAACUGACAUAAUUUUCUAUGGUUAAUGAGGUUUUAUUUCCUCAGCUUCAAAAAUGAUUACUAAGCAUUUCUUCUAAAAGCCGUCCAAUGCCGGAUACAAAUAUUUUUUUGUUUGUUUUGUUUUGUUUUUUUUUCCUUUUCUUUUUAUUUUUUGGAGGAGGGCAGAUGAAGCAGAAAGUUUAUAUGCCAAUUAGAUUCUCUUUGAGGACUUAUACCACCAUUAAUGGUGUUCAAAAUAUUUUUGUGAUUUUGUCAGGUGUGCAAAAAGGGAUCAAGUAUCCUCCUGUUGUUAUUAUUAAGGUAAUACACUUUUUGAGAUGGUGUUUCUAAAUAAUUAGACUGGGCAAGGGGCUUAGGACCCCUGUAAUGUUCAUUAGCCCUGUGACUAUCCACAAUGUAUGGGGUAGUCAGUACAACUUUUCAGCAAAUGUCAAAAUGUAAUAUAAUAUGAUUAAGUAUCUUGCCUCCAAGAUAUCUGCUCUAUUAACUUCUGUACCAUUUUAGUGGUAGUGUUUUUUAAUCAGCCUCUAAGACAAGAUCAUGUUGAAAUUUGCAAAUUUGCAAUUUCCAUCUAACAAAGCAUGAAGAAAUAACACCAUAGUCUACAAGCUUUGUUUCUUAAUUUCUGAAUUGUUCAUAUAGUACCCUUUCCCUUUGAAUCCCUAUAUUUUCUUAGUGCAACUGUUCAAAGAUGUACUUUAAUUUUUGUAAUUUCUAGUCAUUGUUGUCUUUAAUACACUCAUAUUUUUAUUUUUGUGUAGCACCGGUUUCUGUCAAUCACUGCUAUUGCCCAUUGCAUGUUGAUAUGUUUUUGAACUUUGCUGCGCAUUUUGUACUUCUUAUGCUGUAUUUCAUAGUGUAAAAUCUAAAAUUGUCAUUUAUGUGGCAUAUCUUCUUCCACCACUUUCUCCAUUUCAGUGUAGUAGAUAAAAAGGAUUUUUAUUUUAUUUUUUUCACUUUUCUUUUUUGAAAAAUUUCUUAUGUUUUGUAUUCAUAGUGGGUUUGUUUAAGUUCAGUAGUCAGCGGACCUAAGCAUGACAUUUCUUUCAUAAAAUUAAUCCAUAUGAGUCAAAUUUGGCUUUCUCAAGGAAACUCACAGCUUGUAUUUGUUUAAGUAUGGUUUGUGGUGGGCUUCCACUCAAAUCUUACAAUAUUCACCUAUGUUGUCUAGACUUUAAGUUUACGUAUGAUUGAUUGUUAAACUAUUUUUGGUUUUUCGUUUAGAUUCUGAACAUAUGAGAACUUAACCCUCAUCAAUGUAGAACAGAGAUUGUUUUCAUGCAAUAAUUGCGGGACAUAUAAUGGAUGUACUGUGUAGGGAUCAAAUAAUUCUUAUAAUUUAUGUUUGUCUCUUAUUUUUAUUGAAUUGAAAAUAAAGACUGUUUUCCCAA